CCCAUCGAAGGAAGGGGAACGCUUUCGUUCCCUGACCCCUUCAUUUAUAUUCCUAAAUCCACCCCUGCCCGGCCUUGGCUGUCAAAACCCUAAUCCUAGUUCCAGCUCUCCUCUUUGUAACACCAUGGGAGACGUGGUCGAAGCUCCAACGCCGGACUUUCUCGGCGACCUCGACUUCGACCGCCUCCUGGAGGGGUUCUUCAAUGAUUCGGCUCUCGAUCUCUCCCCCGAGCUGUGGAACUCGGAGCCAUCGCCGGACGAAUCCAAGUUCGCGGGUUCCGUCAGCACCGGCCGGUCCACCGAGCGCUUGAUCCCGGAACCACCGCCGGAGCAGUCGGAUUCGCCGGAUUCCAUGCAUUCGUUCGUGAACGAGAUCGAGAAGUUUCUCAUGGAGGAUGGGGGGGGAGGUGAAGAUGUCAUCGACGAUGAGUUCUUGGCAGGGUUCUUCUCUGAUGUAUCGGCGGACUCCGGGAAGAGCGAGGUUGCCAGCCCCGAGGCGGAGCCGGUGCCCGCUGCGGUGGAAAGCGAGGCGAAGGAGAAGAGGGAGGCUUCGGCAGCGGUCGAUGUGGAAGAUGACGAUCCGAUCAGCAAGAAACGGAGAAGGCAGAUGAGAAAUAGGGAUUCUGCCAUGAAAUCAAGGGAGAGGAAGAAGAUAUACAUAAAGGAGUUGGAGAUGAAAAGCAAGUACCUUGAAUCGGAGUGCCGACGUCUCAAUUACGCCCUCCAAUGCUGUUCGGCGGAGAAUUUGACACUCCACCAGCGCUUGCAGGAAAGGACUCUUGGUGUUCCCGUGGCCAGACAGGAGUCUGCCGUACUCUUCGUGGAAUCCCUGCUGCUGGGUUCCCUGUUUUGGCUCGUGAGCAUCAUGUUCCUAUUCCUUGUGCCCGGCCUGCCCCAGCCAAGAAAGGUUGCAAGCAGUCUGGAAAGAGGUCUCGCUCAUCGGGAAAUCGUGGUGACCGGAAGGGUAACAAGUGAGCGAGUAGAGAAAUGUUUAGGAUUGGAUUUGUCUAUUAUGAGAAGACGAUGCAGGGGUAGUAGGAGCAGGAUGAAAUUUUGUUUAUUUCUUUUCUGCAUGGUAGGUCUGGGUACAGUCCAGCACUAGACUCCUGGUGGGUUAAUAUAUCAAUAUCUAUAGUGUCUUGCUUAUUUGAACAUAUCUACUUAAAACCGGGCCCUUUGUUUCGCGUUGACUGCA